AUUAAAGACUCGGCGCAAACCUUCAUCCACCCGCUAGACGACACCACCCACGCCACCCUCCAAGCCCCGACCUCCCGCUCCUCGAUCCUCUCCCUCAGCAGCAAGGCCAUCAGCUCGCUUACUUUCCUCGCCCCCUCCGACCCCUCGCCCACCGGCUCCGCCGUCUACACCGUCGGCACGUUAGCAACUGUGUACCUCGAUGUCAAGGGCCGAAUUGACAUCGACAAGGAGAUCGCGAAGGCCAAGGACCGACUCAAGAAGGCGAACGAGACGGUUGAGAAGCAGCGCAAUAUUAUGGACAAGAGUUGGGAGGCGAAGGUUAGCGAGGCUGUCAAAGAGACGGAGCGGGAGAAGUUGCGCGCGGCGGAGCUUGAAGGCGGCAAUUUCGCGAAGAGCAGCAUUGCGCAGUUUGAGAUGUUGAAGAUUGCGUAG